AUGGCUGAAUACGCUGCAAAUAUUGCGGCCUUGAUACAGAUCUCUGACGGCAUAAUACGGGCGUGCCGUCACUUCAUCCAUGCCACAAAGGACGCUCCCCGAGACAUGAUUAUUAUCUCAGGAGAAGUCACGUCGUUGAGGGCCAUCUUGCUCUGCCUCAGCGACACACAUCUGAAUCCAAAGACUGCAGGCGCCGUUCCGUCGCUUUUUGCCAUGGAUGGUCCUCCUUUAAUAUAUAGUAGGGAGGCUUCUAGAAAGUAUAGACUUUUAAUCUUAUAG